GGAGUAUGCUCAUGGGGCUCAGUGGGCUGAUGAAUGCGGCUGCGAAGAGACGUGGUGGGAGUUGCACAAACAGUCAAACAACCAGCCGUGGCUCCUGCAUCAGGAUAGAGAUGGAGCUUUGCUUUCCUGAAGGGAAGCCGGGAUCUAAUCAGGAAUAAAAUAGGGGAGAACGUUCUCAUAACACGUGGGAUAUAAAGAGAGGCGGGAGAGAAGGGUGAAAACAAAGGAUAAAGCUGCAGAGGAGGUUGAGUGAAACAAGAAAAGCCACAAGACAGGUGGACAGACAUCAAAGCAGCGCUGUUGACCUCCACCUAUUGAUCGGCAAUGGCUUUCCGGCUAAAUGAGCUCCUCUUCAUCUGUCUAACCAUGACACAGGGUGGCUGUAUGAUCCCUAACAACCACUGGGGUGAUUGGAACGACUCUCAGCUCCUACCCACCAUCCAAAAACUUAUGAAGGGAUAUAACCGCUACCUAAGGCCUAAUUUCAACGAAGGUCCAGUUGAAAUCGGAAUGAGCCUGGAUAUCGCCAGCAUCGAUGCCAUCUCUGAAAUAAACAUGGACUACACUGCAACCAUUUUCCUCCGUCAGCGCUGGCGGGAUUCUAGGCUGGUGUUUCCCGGGAAUGAAAGCGUGAGUGUAGACGGACGGCUGGUGUCGUUGCUAUGGAUCCCUGACACCUUCAUCCCAGACUCUAAGCGCUCCUUCCUCCAUGAUGUGACGGUGGAGAACCGUCUCAUACGUAUAUUCAGUAACGGCACCGUCCUUUACGCCCUUCGCAUCACAGCUACGAUUGCCUGCAACAUGGAUCUGACCAAAUACCCCAUGGACAAACAGGUGUGCACCCUGCAGCUGGAGAGCUGGGGCUAUAACAUACAGGACGUGGUGUUCUACUGGACAAGAGGGAAUGAUUCAGUGAAGGGUUUGGACACCCUGCGGCUGGCUCAGUACAGCGUGGAGAGCUACUACACAUCAGUGUCGGAGGCUGUGUACGAAACAGGUCAUUACCCCAAGCUGGUGCUGCAUUUCUCCCUGCGCAGGAAUGUCCUGUUCUUUAUCUUGGAGACGUAUGUCCCCUCCAUCCUGCUGGUGGUUCUCUCCUGGGUGUCCUUCUGGAUCAGCCAGUCAUCAGUCCCAGCUCGAACAUGCAUUGGUCAGUAG